AUAAGUAUUAAUAUUCAUAUGUAAAAUAUCUAAGUAUCAAUUAAGUAUUAGUUAAUAUAAUCAUUUAUAAUUAUAUUAUCGAUAAUUAUUAGUAUUAAUUAUUACUAUAUAUUGAUAUUGGUACUACUACAUACUUUUAUAUUACUACAUAUUGAUAUAUUGAUAUUGAUUUGUAUUGGUAUUAAUUUGAUUGAUAUUGAUUGCAGCUCACACUGCAUUUAGUCACACUCCAUUUAGACGGAUUUCAAUAUCAGUCCUUCUAUUUUGUCUGUGAUUGUGGAUUGAAUGAACAAAGAGAUGAACUCAAGAAUGGUGUAGUAAAGAACGAAGAAUUAAAUGAAAGAGUGGUUCGAAACAAAGAAAUACAAUAGUUAGAACUGUAUGCAUAUGGAUUUACAAAAACUCCAUUAUGGGUAAAAACGAGAUAGUUGUGACGAUUCAGUUCAGUAAUUUAGUAAUAUUAUCAUUUCAAUUCGGAGUUUUUAGUUACUUCGGACCGCUGGAUCUUAAUGAUAAAAUGAGUAAUAAUUCAUUGGUUGAUUGUAUCAUUAACCAUUUCUUUUUUUUUGUGCGAGGAACUUACCAUGAAUCCACUGAUUUCUGCCGCUUCCGUUAUUGCUGCUGGAUUGCCGUGGGGCUUGCUUCUAUUGGACCUGGAGUUGGUCAAGGUACUGCUGCAGGCCAAGCUGUAGAAGGUAUUGCGAGACAACCAGAAGCAGAGGGUAAAAUACGAGGUACUUUAUUGCUUAGUCUAGCUUUUAUGGAAGCUUUAACAAUUUACGGACUGGUCGUGGCGUUAGCGCUUUUAUUUGCGAAUCCUUUUGUUUAAUCCUAGAAAUAAAUAGAAAAAAGUACCUUACAUACUUUUUUCUUAUUUUAUUAACUUUAACUUGGAAUUGCCCUUUGCUUCUUCGAAUUAUAUUUACACUUUACUUAUAAAUUACUUAUUUGUUGAGACAAUACGCCAGGAAGGGCUGAUUUGAGGAUGAGGAAUUACCAGAUUCGCUUGCUUUCUUCCUUUCUGUCCUUAGCUUAGUACAAUAGAAAACUUUUUUACUUUCAUUGUUCGAAGCGUUUCAACAAACGAAAUAGUUAUCAAUUGAUAUGAGAUCUAAGACCUAAGUAAAGUAUCUUAUUGGAAACUUCUUGAAAACUUAAAAAAUAAUAAAUUUCAAACAAAUGAUUUAAUCUAUUGCCAUUAAAUAAAGUGGAAAUGAAAUUAAUAAAAAGAAAUCGAUCAAAAAAAGGCGAGUGAAGUGAUACAAAAAGAACUCUGUUCUUUGUUAGUCCUAUCCAUAAGAGAGGGGAGCAUAUGAAAAAUGUAAUCGAUUCUUUCGUUUCCUUGGGUCACUGGCCAUCCGCCGGGAGUUUCGGGUUUAAUACCGAUAUUUUAGCAACAAAUCCAAUAAAUCUAAGUGUAGUGCUUGGUGUAUUGAUUUAUUUUGGAAAGGGAGUGUGUGCGAGUUGUGUAUUUCAAGAAUAGGUUGGAUCCAUCCAGCUGCACUUUAUUUAUGGUAUUUAUAGGAGAAAUAGGAAAAAGGUGCACGAUCUCGACGAAUUACUUCUGAAUAAAUUAAGAAAUCAUAUGUAAGAACCAUAGCAUUUCGUGACUUAUUGGUAAAUCCACUUUGAUUCUCUAUCAACCAAUAAUGUGAGACCAUUAACAUGGUUAAAGCUAAAUUGUUUAAAGUCCAGGUAAAACAUGGUACUCUUUCUACCACUUCUACCACUACGUUAGUAACGAAAUGGUUAAAAAAAAAAUAGUUGGUAAUUUAUUUGAUUUGAUAUAGAACACUCAUAUCGAUAAAAGAAUUUGAACCAUUUACUAGAAAAAUGAGCACUUUGCUUUUUUUAUCUAAUGCCGAAAUGACGACCUAUGUAUAAAAAAAGAGGAAUUUUUGGACUUGAAGAAACAAAUAAAAAAUAUAAUAAUUAUUAUUUUCAUUUUUUUAAAAUGAAAAAUGAAAUAGAAUUCUAAAAAUGAAAAUGAUAAAUAAAAUACAAAACAAAUAUAAAUAAAAUACAAAUAAAGAAACAACUUUGCUGACAAUUCUAGAUUUUUGUCUGGUCUAGUCGGAAGAGUCCUCCUGAUAUUCUGGUCUUGUAUCAGUUUUGACAUCUUUGAAUACAAACAGAAAAGAGAGGGUAGGCUCAUUACAUUAAAAAAGAUAUGGGAAUACCCACACCAUAAAUAAAACAUUAAAAAGAUAUGGGAAUACCCACACCAUAAAUAAAAUAAAUAAUUGAGCGUGAGAGCCAAAUGAAUCGAAAGAUUCAUGUUUGGUUCGGGAAGAGAUCAUGGAAGUUUUGAAAUUAAUGAUAAGAUAAUCUACUUUCAUUAAAUGAUUUAUUAGAUAAUCGAAAACAGAGGAUUUUGAAUACUAUUCGAAAUUCGGAAGAAUUACGUAAAGGGGCCAUUGAGCAGCUCGAAAGAGCCCGGGCUCGCUUACGUAAAGUGGAAAUGGAAGCAGAUGAGUAUCGAAUGAAUGGAUACUCUGAAAUAGAACGAGAAAAACAAAAUUUGAUUAAUGCCACUAGUAAUAGUUUGGAACAAUUAGAAAAUUACAAAAAUGAAACCCUUCAGUUUGAACAACAAAGAGCGAUUAAUCAGGUCCGACAACGAGUUUUCAACAAGCCUUACAAGGAGCUCUAGGAACUCUGAAUAGUUGCUUGAAUAGCGAGUUACAUUUCCGUACGAUCCGUGCUAAUAUUGGCAUUCUCGGGGCCAUGCAAGAAAUAACUGAUUAGCCCUUCUUUUUUUAGUUAUAGUUUAGGCAUUAUUUUUAUCUUUUCCUUCCUUUCCUAAAAAGAAUAAAGAAACACUAAUGGUAACCCUUCGAGCCGACGAAAUUAGUAAUAUUAUUCGUGAGCGUAUUGAACAAUAUAGUAGAGAAAUAAAGAUUGUGAAUACCGGUACCGUACUUCAAGUAGGCGACGGAAUUGCUCGUGUUCAUGGUCUUGAUGAAGUAAUGGCAGGUGAAUUAGUAGAGUUUCAAGAGGGUACAAUAGGCAUUGCUCUGAAUUUGGAAUCAAAUAAUGUUGGCGUUGUAUUAAUGGGUGAUGGUUUGAUGAUACAAGAGGGAAGUUCCGUAAAAGCAACAGGACGAAUUGCUCAGAUACCUGUGAGUGAGGGUUAUUUGGGUCGUGUUAUAAAUGCUCUGGCUAAACCUAUUGAUGGGAGAGGUGAAAUUUCAGCUUCUGAAUCUCGGUUAAUUGAAUCUCCUGCCCCAGGUAUUAUUUCUAGACGUUCUGUAUAUGAGCCUCUUCAAACGGGGCUUAUUGCCAUUGAUUCGAUGAUCCCUAUAGGACGCGGUCAGCGAGAAUUAAUUAUUGGGGACAGACAGACCGGCAAAACAGCCGUAGCCACAGAUACGAUUCUCAAUCAAAAAGGUCAAAAUGUAAUAUGUGUUUAUGUAGCUAUUGGUCAAAAAGCAUCUUCUGUGGCUCAGGUAGUGACUACUUUCCGGGAAAAGGGGGCGAUGGAAUAUACUAUUGUGGUAGCCGAAACGGCGGAUUCACCUGCUACAUUACAAUACCUCGCUCCUUAUACGGGAGCGGCUCUGGCUGAGUUUUUUAUGUAUCGUGGACAACAUACUUUAAUAAUUUAUGAUGAUCUCUCCAAACAGGCACAAGCUUAUCGCCAAAUGUCUCUUCUAUUAAGAAGACCUCCCGGUCGUGAAGCUUAUCCAGGAGAUGUUUUUUAUUUGCAUUCACGACUUUUGGAAAGAGCCGCUAAAUCAAAUUCUAGUUUAGGUGAAGGAAGUAUGACCGCUUUACCGAUAGUUGAGACUCAAUCUGGAGACGUUUCAGCUUAUAUUCCUACUAAUGUAAUUUCCAUUACAGAUGGACAAAUAUUCUUAUCUGCCGAUCUAUUCAAUGCUGGAAUCCGACCUGCUAUUAAUGUGGGUAUUUCCGUUUCCAGAGUAGGAUCCGCAGCUCAAAUUAAAGCCAUGAAACAAGUAGCCGGCAAAUCAAAAUUGGAACUAGCGCAAUUCACAGAGUUAGAAGCCUUUGCACAAUUCGCUUCUGAUCUCGAUAAAGCUACUCAGAAUCAAUUGGCAAGAGGUCAACGAUUACGCGAGUUGCUUAAACAAUCCCAAUCAGACCCUCUCGCAGUGGAAGAACAGAUAGCUACUAUUUAUACCGGAGCGAAUGGAUAUCUUGAUCCGCUAGAAAUUGGACAGGUAAAGAAAUUUCUCAGUCAGUUACGUAGCUACUUAAAAAACAAUAAACCUAAAUUUCAAGAAAUUAUAUCUUCUACCAAGACAUUCACCGAGGAAGUAGAAUUUCUUUUGAAGGAAGCUAUUCAAGAACAGAUCGAACUGUUUUUACUUCAGGAACAAACAUAAAUUUCUUACUUUUAU